AAACAGACCUCACUUACAGGGCUCUAAGUUCAUCAGAACACUUCGAAACCCCAAAAAGUCAGCAACAUGGUUGUGUGGACAGAUUUCGAGCGUGCUACCAUCCAGGAUGUCUUUUCCAAGAUCGACGCCGAAGCAAUCGGUCACCAGGCACUGUCCAGGUGUCUUGUCGUGUACCCAUGGACCCAGAGGUACUUCGCUAAAUUUGGAAACUUGUACAACGCCGCUGCCAUCAGUGGAAACCCCAAGGUUGCAGCCCACGGCUUGACCGUAGUCCGUGGUCUGGAGAAAGCUGCGAAGAACCUGGACAACAUCAAGGCCACUUUGGCCGAACUGAGUGUGCUGCACUCUGAGAAACUGCACGUGGAUCCCGAUAACUUCAAGCUGCUGGCUGACUGCAUCACCAUCGUCGUUGCCGCUUCCCUGGGCAGCUGCUUCACUGCUGAGGUGCAGGGAGCUCUGCAGAAAUUCCUUGCUGUUGUGGUCUCUGCUCUUGGAAAGCAGUACCACUAAAUGCUGAAGUGACCGAACGGCCAGAGAAAACCAUGAAACGACCAUGUACUUGUUAAAGCAAGUAUUUAAAUAAAACUAAUAAAACACA